GGGCCUGCGGACACCCGGGGCCUACAGGGCCGCAUCCUGCGGUGGUUGAUGGACAAUUUCUGUGUCUGUGAAGGGUACAGCUUGCCUCGCUGUCUCAUGUAUGAGAUUUAUGUGGAGACCUGUGGGCAGAAUGCUCCGAACCAAGUCAACCCAGCAACCUUCGGGAAGCUCGUGCACUUGGCCUUCCCCGAUCUCGGCACCCGCAGGCUGGGGACCAGAGGCAGCGCCAGGUAUCAUUAUGAUGGAAUCUAUAUCAAGAAGAGUUCUUUCUUCUAUUCUCAGUAUUGCUGCCUCCUGGGUGAGAAAAGGAGUUGCCAUAGUGACAAUGUUGCCUUUGAAAAAUCUAUUGAUUAUAACAGCAUCAUCCAACAAGAAAGAACUUGUGAAAAUAAUUCACCACUAAAGACAGGUCCGAUUGGCCUUCCUUUAUAUGAAAUCAGAAGAUGUCUGCUCUGGGAGCAAGAACUGGCAAAGAAAUACUCAUGUACAAUGAUGGCCUUCCUCGUUGAGGAAUACUGCAGCCACUGCCAGGACAUUCUGCAAAAUGUGAGGAACCAAGAGCUGGAGAGGGUUCAGGGCUUGCUUGUCUCUUUCUGGAAGUCUUUGCCGCGAGACGUAGUGAUGUUCAUGGCUCUUCCUGAUGUGUGCCAGCUCCUGAAGGCCUAUGAUGCGCAGCUGUACAAGGGACUUGAGGAGCUGCUCCUGCGUGACUUCCUGGAGGACGUCUCCAUCCAGUACCUGAAGUCUGUGCGGUUAUUCAGCAAGAAGUACAAGUGGUGGCUUCUGAAUGCGUUGGAAGGCUCCCCGGCCCUCUUACGGGUCUCCAAACUCAAAGAGGUCACCAUGUUCGUCAAGAGACUCAGGAGGAAGACAUACCUCUCCAACAUGGCAAAGACCAUGAAGAUGGUGCUGAAAAACAGCAGGAAGGUCCGGCUCCUGCAGCUGGAUCUCCAAGCCAUUGUCAGCCAGGGCGCCUUGGACAUCUCUCUGCAGCCCCUGGAAAGUGGCCCGAGCCCCACAGAGGAUGCUGAGAGCCACCCGGAAAUGAAAUGUUUAAGCUGUUUAAUUUCUUUGCUGGGAACAUCAACAGAUCUCGGGGUAUUCCUGAAUUGUCUGUCUUCAAAUCUCCAAGUAUUUGUCUUCCAGCCAAGCAAAAGCAAGGAGGAGUUUAUGAAGCUGGCUGCCAGCUUCCAGCUGAGGUGGAAUUUCCUCCUCACCGCCGUGAGCAAAGCCAUGACCCUCUGCCACAGGAACAGCUUCGGCUCCUGGCAUCUGUUCCACUUGCUGCUUUUGGAAUAUGUGACUCACGUAUUUCAGUCAUGCCUGGAGGAAGAGGAAGAAGAGGAGGACGUGGGGAACCUCAGGGUGGCGCUGCCAGAUGACCGGUCUCUCGCCCCCCCACCCCAGGCCCUCGCCUACCCUCUGGAUCCCUUGCUCCAUCCAGGCACCGGCCAGCUGCGGGUGACACUGGAAUCCAGGAGCCACAGCCUCGGUCCGGUGGAUGUGAGCAGCGUGGUCCUCUGGGUCCUCGGCUUCCUGGUGGACAAUGCCACGGGCAAUAAGCACAUCCAAGUCUUGCUGGAGGAUAAGGCCACCCAGAGCGCCGUGAGACUCAGCCUCCCAGCGGGAGAAGAAGCCCUCGUCAGCCUGAAAGACGGGCGCAGAUUUGCGAUUCACAUUGUCGACAUACCCUAAGGCUCGGGGAAAGCAAUGUUAAUAGGAAAAUAGUUUAAAUGAACAAGACAGAAGGAAACAGCUAGGCUUGCCUUCUUAAA